ACGGAUGGAGCGUCAAUUCGUCGUGGAACACUGGUCGUGCGUAUCACCAGUUCGUGGAAUCAGCACGUGGAUAUUAUCAAAAAGGAUUGCUGUCAGGGAGAAUCUGUCAAAAAGAAUCGAUCAGUGAAUCGCCAGAUUAUCGACGCUCGCGCGUUACUUCAAACAUAGAAGAAGACAAAUCAUGGAUCCCGAUAGCUUCAAGAUUUACGCCAAGGAGAUGGCGGAGUACAUCACAAACUAUUUGGAAAAUAUUAGAGACAGGCGAGUUUUGCCCACAGUAGAGCCAGGAUACAUGAAACCCCUCUUGCCAUCCGAAGCACCACAAACUCCUGAACAGUGGAAGGAUAUAAUGGCCGAUAUCGAAAGAGUGAUAAUGCCAGGUGUUACUCACUGGCAUAGUCCAAAAUUCCACGCAUACUUUCCCACUGCGCAAUCGUAUCCAGCGAUUUUGGCCGAUAUGUUAAGCGGAGCUAUUGCGUGCAUCGGAUUCACGUGGAUCGCGAGUCCAGCCUGUACAGAACUAGAAGUAGUCGUACUGGAUUGGCUAGGAAAAAUGCUGGACUUGCCAAAAGAAUUUCUUGCCUCCAGCGGUGGUAAAGGUGGUGGCGUCAUUCAGGGCACUGCUAGCGAAGCCACUUUAGUAGCGCUGCUAGGAGCGAAGGCCAAAAAGAUAAAGCAAGUUAAAGAGCAGCAUCCUGAUUGGACGGAAAACGAGAUUAUCAGCAAAUUAAUUGCAUACUGUUCUUGCCAAGCACAUAGUUCGGUUGAACGCGCUGGACUUCUUGGUGGAGUAAAAUUUAGACAGUUAGAAGUCGAUGAAAAACAUAAGCUACGCGGCGACACAUUCGCUGAAGCAAUCAAAAAGGAUAAAGAGCAAGGAUUCAUACCAUUUUAUGCCGUUGCUACUUUGGGUACCACUGUUAAUUGCGCUUUCGAUCGCCUCGAUGAAAUGGGCAUUGUAGCAAAUAGUGAAGAUGUUUGGCUGCAUGUAGAUGCUGCUUAUGCAGGAUCUGCUUUUAUUUGCCCGGAAUUCAGAUAUUUAAUGAAAGGCGUCGAAAUGGCAGAUUCAUUCAAUUUCAACCCGCAUAAAUGGAUGUUAGUUAAUUUCGAUUGUUCCGCAAUGUGGCUUAAGGAUCCGACAUACGUCAUAAACGCUUUCAAUGUCGAUCCUUUGUACCUGAAGCACGACAUGCAGGGUUCAGCACCGGAUUAUAGGCAUUGGCAAAUUCCACUUGGACGUAGAUUUCGAUCUCUAAAACUUUGGUUCGUAUUGAGGCUCUACGGGAUCGAGAAUCUUCAAAAGUUCAUCAGAUCGCACGUCGCUCAAGCGCAUGAAUUCGAAGCGUUAGUUCUCUCCGAUCCUCGCUUCGAAAUCGUGGGCGAAGUUAUCAUGGGAUUAGUUUGCUUCCGAUUGAAGGGAUCUAAUGAGCUCAACGAAAUCCUGCUAAAGAGAAUUAACGCUGCAGGAAAUAUCCAUCUCGUUCCGUCAAAAAUAAAGGACACGUACUUCCUGCGAUUCUCCGUUUGUUCGCGAUUCAGCGAAAGCAGGGAUAUACAGUAUUCAUGGAAGGAGAUCAAGCUGAGAGCCAAUGAGGUUCUCGAAGAGCAAUCGAUUUCAAAGUGAUGGCGCGCUCAGAUAGCCCGCGGUUGCCGAUCAUUAGCGCCUGCUACCUGCAACCAAUCCUAGUUUCAAGUAUUUCCUUACACCCAGCGGCUCUCGUGGACCAAAUAAGUUAAAGCGACGAAUGAUAAACGGUCUCAGACAAACUUAUGGUUUUUGUAAAAAUUUUUUCAAUUACAAUCGAUUAAAUAAUGCUUCAAGAAUGCUUCCAGAUGAUGCAUUUCAAUUUGGCAACUACCACGAUUUAAUUAAUUAUAUAAUCAAAUUGAAAAUUAGAAAAUUACAUAACGAAUAAUUGAUAAAAUUUUUGCUAAAAUCAACUGCGUAGUCAACGAAUUUAAAUGUGACAUUAAUUUGGAAUAUAUAGUAUUUCAACAUUUUACAUUCAGCGACGUUUAUUAUUUUAAUAAAAUAUUAUUUGCUAUAAUUUAAUAAUUUACGAAGAAAAUAUAUUAGUCGUCUUAACAAGGUGAGAACAUUCUUUAUAUUUUCUACAUAUAUACAUGUUCACGUUUGUAUUUUAUUAAGCAACGAAUAUAAAUAUUCCAUAUUAUAAAUACUGUGAUUGUGCAAUCAUACACUUUAUUACAGUUAUAUUCCACUAAACACUCAACGUGAAUAUAACAUAAAAAUGUUGCACAAGUUAAAUGCAUACUUGUUAUACUGUUAUUUAUGCACAUGUUAUGACAAAUGUUAUUAUGAAUAUUUUACAUUUUAUACAUCAUCCAAUGUGUAUUAUAAAAAGAUAAUUUAUUGUAAUGAGAUAAAGUAUAGCUAAAAAGCAUAGAAAAAAAAUUGAUAAGCAGUUGUCGCACGUAGCGCAAAAUCUUAAAAUAUAUUAUAAAUUUACAAAGUGCAUUUUGUUUUAUCAGACAAAAUAAUUAUUUUAUUUAAAAAGUUGUAAAGAGCUAUGUUUUUUAAUAAUUGUUUAGGAUCGCCGGUUGUGUAGCCUGCUGGGAUUCAUGUUAACAACAUAAUAGGUGUAAUGCAAUAUUGUGUAUCUCCUUGUGCCACUUUUGCUGGCACACUAUCAGUGUUACUGUACGAACUCCUUAAGCAACAUCCUUGUAAGUACAUUACGUAGUGAAAGUCGCGCGUUGCAAAGAUGUGCGUUGAUAUAAACGUACAAUUUUUGACAUGACACUAAAAACGCAUAAAGAAUUUUUCCAAUCACGUAUUUCAUGAUGCUUAUGUAUUAUUUCGUAGACGUAAAAAAUUAUCUUGUUAUGAAAUUAUCAAAAUGUAAAAUGAUUUAGUUCGUUAAUUAAUAUGCGAAGAUUGAGAUACAACGAAUUAUUUAAUUUUUACGGCCAAAAGCAAUUUGCAAAUUUAAAUUUCCCACCGAAAUGUUUAUAUUUCUUCUCAAGCGUCUACGAAGAAUUAAUAAAUUUCGUUUCCUUUAUUAUUAUAAUCUUCGUGCACGUAAAAAUCAUAUGUAGAUAAGAUAUUAUAAACGUUGUGUAUAUAUGUUAUAUACAAAUAUAAAUAAUUAUAUAUGUGUUAGAGAAAGUUGUGAAAUCGACGUAUGUAACAUAUGUUUGUUUUUCUGUUUAUAUAUUUAUUUUCGUUUUUCUUAAAAGUUUAUACUUUAAAUUUUUACUUUUAUUGCUCAAGUCAUUAUGUCGUUAAAACAAUUACAAAAUACGUAUUUGUAACAUUAUAAUAACGUCUUUCAAAAAGCCACAUAGUGAUUGGAGCGAUUAAAAUGUAUGUACAUAUGUGAGCACUUAUAUUUGCUGUAAUGUUGUGCUGCAACAGAGACAAUAAUAGUAAUAGAGUUAAUCAACAAGGCAUAGCCAAAAAGUUGACGCAGUUAAACAUUUGAAAUCAAAGUAAAAAAAGGAUGUAAAUUUAAAUAAUUAUUAAAGUUACUGCUACAAUUAUUGUCAGGUGAUUAUGUUCACAAACAAAUAAUAUAAAUUACUACGUAACUGAUGUAACAAUUAAAAAUAGAUACAGACGUCCAAACAUUCAUAUUGUUAUUGAGUUAUAAUAAGAUUUCAACAUGCUAACCAAUUAAAUGCUAACCAAUUGCUAAGCAAUUUUAACAUGUUAAGCAAUGUUAAGCAAUAAUUUUAUUAUAGCUUUAUUGAAAAUUUUAAGCUACAAUUUUAGCAAUUUUACGUAAAAAAGACCAAUAUUAACUUGAAGCAACGAUUUUAUUUGUUAUGGGACCAAGAAAUAAUUUACUAUAAAUAAUUGUAUUUUCAUUACAUGUUAUUUGUUAAAAUGUUGCAAAAUGUAUUAUUAAACAUAUGUCGAUGUGAUUAUUGAAAAUUCAACUAUUGAACUAUUAAUGUUGACAAAUUAGAUUAAUAAAUAUAAAACAAAUCACU